UGAGUCACUGAGUGAGUGAGAGAGGGAGAGAGAGAGAGAAAGAGGUUGGUCUGGUCUCUCACUUAACUAACAAAACAGCAGCAGAUCUGCGGGCAUAAACAAAUGCACGCAGGUUGUCUGUCCCUCCACCUGCCGCGGAGACACUUUAAUGGUCGCAGUCAGUUAAAUUAACCGGAUUACUGAGACUGACAGAACCCCGCUCUGCUUCAUUUUAAUGCGGACCUCCGACGAUAUCUAUGUAUAAUUUAGACUGAAAUAAGCAAAAAUGACGGAGCUGAGACGGCGAGGAGGAGGAGGAGACCCUGACAGCACGGAAAACAUCAGUGACAAGGAGGCAGAUGGAGACGACAGGCUUGCUUUUCCUGGUGAGGGGGAAGGAGAAAUGGAGGGCGACUCCAAAGCGGAAACGCCAGACGUGCCACCUUCCACAGAUAACACUCCACAGUGUCUCAACAAAGCCCUGGAGGGCUUGUCAUCUAGGUGGAAGAACUGGUGGAUAAGAGGCAUAUUGUCAAUGACAAUGAUCACUGGCUUCUUCCUCAUCAUCUAUUUGGGACCCAUUAUGCUUAUAUUUGUGGUUAUGGGUGUUCAAAUCAAGUGUUUUCAUGAAAUUAUAACCAUUGGCUACAGAGUUUAUCAUUCCUAUGAUUUGCCGUGGUUCAGGACUCUUAGCUGGUACUUCUUGAUUUGUGUGAACUACUUCUUUUAUGGAGAGACAGUGGCUGAUUAUUUCGGCGCACUCGUCCAAAGGGAGGAACCUUUGCAGUUCCUUGUACGUUAUCAUCGGUUUAUUUCUUUUGCACUGUAUUUGGCAGGUUUCUGCAUGUUUGUACUGAGCUUAGUGAAGAAGCAUUACCGCCUGCAGUUUUAUAUGUUUGCUUGGACCCAUGUGACCUUGUUGAUUGUGGUGACUCAGUCACAUCUGGUUAUUCAGAACCUGUUUGAGGGAAUGAUCUGGUUUAUUGUUCCCAUCUCUAUUGUGAUCUGUAAUGACAUCAUGGCCUACCUGUUUGGUUUCUUUUUUGGAAGAACGCCACUGAUUAAGCUCUCCCCAAAGAAGACCUGGGAAGGUUUCAUUGGGGGAUUCUUUGCAACAGUGGUCUUCAGUUUCUUUUUUGCGUACCUGCUGUCCCAGUACCAGUACUUUGUUUGUCCAGUGGAAUACAAUAGCGAGACAAACCGCUUUGCAGUAGAGUGUGAGCCCUCACAUCUGUUCAUGAUGCAGGAAUACACACUUCCUGCAGUGGUGCAGAAUGCAGUUAGAUGGAAAACGGUGAACCUUUACCCAUUUCAGAUCCACAGUAUUGCACUCUCUACUUUCGCCUCUCUGAUCGGACCAUUUGGUGGAUUCUUUGCCAGUGGCUUCAAACGAGCUUUCAAGAUCAAAGACUUUGCGGACACCAUUCCUGGUCAUGGUGGAAUAAUGGAUCGUUUUGACUGUCAGUAUCUGAUGGCGACGUUCGUUCAUGUUUACAUAGCAAGUUUUAUCAGGGGGCCGAACCCCAGUAAGGUCUUACAGCAGUUGCUCGUCCUGCAACCAGAACAGCAACUCAGCAUCUUCAACACGCUGCGCAAUCACUUGCGAGAAAGGGGCAUGCUGCCCCCUGCUGUGGAGGGAGCCCAAUGACGGACAACACCACCAUAGCAGACAAAAACAGUUCAUGUCCUGUUGAACUCUGUAACCAUUCACCCAUGACUGUGAUCACACGAGCACACUCCCAACCAACCGCAGGAGCUCCCGUACAAUACGAGAGUGUGACGCCUGCUGCAAACCAAACUCUCACUUUUAACCCAUUAGAGACUUAACAAAUGCAGGAGGAAAAUAACCACAAGAGGGCGACAUUGUUCUCCUAGUCACUGUUUGGGAAAUCAACAUCAGAGGUCUUCCUAUCAACAAACAUGCAAAACAAAAGAUCCAAGCACAUGGUAAGUGAAUGUAUAGCACUACAAGAAAGGCGCUUCAGCAAAGUGACAUCAUUGUACUGAUUCUGAUAGUGACUGUUGCCUGAUAUGUGAGCGUAUGAUUUGCUUCGCGAAUGCAAUAACUCACGGUGGUGACUUCAGGUUUUCGAUAUGCCAUAAUUCUCAUGGUUAACAUUUAAAUGUGAGCUUAAUUUAUAACAGGGGCCCUGAACUCAAAGCAUUAGAAAAGCAUGUCCGUAAGUCCUGCUGUUACUGCUUUUUCCAUUCCAAAUUACUGAGUGUGUUUGUGUGAGCGCUAGAAUAACUCACUUGCGUGUGUACAUAUCAUCAUAUGUAUUAUUGUACAUAGAUAUGAUAUACUACAUCUAAAAUAGAGAGAGAGAUUAAACAUUUAUUAAAGUAAUAUAUAAGGCUUAACAUAUUCUAUAUUAUAGUAAGUUAUGAAAAUGAUAUGCAAGAAGACCUCGACUUGUCUUAUUUUCUUAAAUACAGCAUGACUAAACUUCUCUAUGGGUGAAGAAUAAUUUGAGCCGAUUGUUUUUGGGGGAGAAACAGCCUUUUAGAGAAGGUGAUUUGCUGUUCCCCUCUGUAACCGUUCGUUUAUAAGUUGCACUGUAUCUUCACGAGUCGAAAGAUUCGCUUUGAACUGUUUUCAAUUUAGCUUUUCAGGUUUUAAUAUCAAAAGGCACUGGUGCUUUGAGCAGAUAUCCAAUAUUUGAAAAAAUGUAAACGUGUUUAGAUUUACAGAAAACAGUAAGUUGUUUAUAUGCUUUUUAUUUUUUUAUUUUGUUUUUACAAUAUCUUCCCUGCAAUAUUGUUUUUAGCUGCUCUUGUUUUUUAAAAUCCUGAAUUUCCGUGUUAAUUUGGUGAAUUCUUUACCAAACAGAUAUGUACCAAAGUACUGUCAAUUUUGCUGUGAAAAACAAAACUAAAUAAAUAUCACACAAUUAACAUUGUCAAAUGCUACAAUAAUAGCAAUAAUAUCCUGCAACAGAUUAAUAAACCAAUUGAAUAAAUUAGGUAUUUAUGGUAAUUAAAGACCCUUAAAUGAACAAAAAGUUAACCUUUUUCAGGUUUUAAGUUCUUAUUCAGGUUUGAACUUUUUUGUAAUAACCCAUGACCCUAAUUGCACAUCGGGGACUCGGUUUAGUAGUUUUGGACCAGUUGUGUGUAUUGUAAAACCUAGAAAAAAAAAAAAAAAGUGAUUGUGACCCCUUACCUUAUACAUUCCUGUCUGCAAUAGGUUUACAUGUUUCUUUCCUUCACGUCUGCUGUCCUGUAGACAAUUUGCAGUCAUGUGAGAACCUUGUGUUUGUAGAAAUUUGAAUCCUAUCAGACCAAAAAGAGAAUGCAUCUCCAGGUGACUAUAGCUUAUUUUGUGGAUGUCACAAUUGUAUUAGAAAUUUAGUUUUUUGGUUUUUUUUAGAGCUGCUGCACAAUUUAAUUUAUUAUGUUACCCGAUAUAUAAUAUUGUGCAAGCUUAUACUGUUAAGUUUAGAAGAAAAUGGGUUUCAAAUUACUUAUCACGGUUUGUGUUAUUCAUUGUUUUAAAAAAUGGGAACCAUUAUUUAUGUCUUUUUUUUUUUUUUUUUUUAAAUAUAAAUCUAAGUUUUAUUUUAAGUAACAAUUUAUGGGCAAUACUGGGAAAAAGUAAGAAUUAUUGUUAUAUGUUGUUGUUAUUAUUAAUAAUGAAAUGCUACACUUGGUGAAUAAACUUCACUUUUGACCUAC